AUGGAUGUCUUCAUGCUCGCCGAGCCAUCGGAUGACCGCACGUAUUUCAAUUGCGGUCGCCCUGGACACUUCUCCCGCGCAUGUCCGGCACCUCACCGUGUGGCGUCAGCCGCGUCUAACUCACACGGUUCCUCCCGUGCCGCGCCAGAUAUCCACUUAAGUCGCCCUCCAAGCGGUCCACCUAACCGCUUUAAUCGCGAACGCUAUGGCGCCUCACGCCCGCAUUUCACCUCGAGUGCGGCGGGAAACGGUUGCUCCCAGUAG